GGUGAUUCAAUGGGUCAGGAUUGAUCGACCUUGCAAGCAUGGCGAACGAGAAUGGUGAACUACCUGCUAAAAUAAGGAAAAGUGAAAAAGAACGUAGGGUAACUGUCGUUCUAGGAACACAGUGGGGAGAUGAAGGCAAAGGUAAAGUGGUUGACAUGCUGGCUGUUGAUGCUGAGUUAUGUUGUCGUUGUCAGGGUGGAAACAAUGCUGGCCAUUCAGUUCAUGUUCAAGAUAAACAUUAUGCAUUUCACCUGAUUCCCAGUGGAGUUAUUUACCCUUCAUGCAAAGGGGUAAUAGGAAAUGGAGUUGUUAUUCAUCUCCCAGCACUCUUUGAUGAAAUAGAACACAAUAAUAUUGAUGGUCUUGAGGAGCGCCUUAUCAUUUCUGACAGAGCACAUUUAGUCUUUGACUUUCACCAGCAAGUGGAUGGUCUUAUGGAAUCUGGCAGGGGUCAGAAAUCCAUAGGAACAACUAAAAAAGGAAUUGGCCCUGCAUAUUCAUCAAAGGCUACUCGGAAUGGUCUGCGGAUUUCUGAUCUUAUUGGAGAUUUCCACAAGUUCAAAGAAAAGUUUCAACACUUAGUGGAACAUUACAAGAGCAUGUACCCUGACCUGGAGGUUGAUAUUAAGAAAGAGUUAGAACUUUAUAAGAAACUGGCAGAUAAAGUGCGCCCUAUGGUGAGAGACACAGUCAGUUAUCUCUACAAGAGUAUUCAAGACAAUAAGCGAAUUUUGGUUGAAUGUGCUCAGUCCACUAUAUUGGAUAUAGAUUUUGGUUUAUAUCCAUAUGUGACAUCUUCCAACUGUUCUGUUGGUGGGGUUAUCACUGGCCUGGGUAUACCUCCACAUGUUAUAGGAGAGGUUUACGGAGUUAUCAAAGCCUAUCUCACACGUGUCGGAAGUGGAGGGUUCCCUACAGAGUUAAAAGAUGAAAAAGGGCAACUGUUACAAAAACGUGGUGCUGAGUUUGGAGUGACCACUGGUAGGCCAAGACGAUGUGGCUGGUUAGAUCUGGCAAUGUUAAAGUACUCCAAUAUGAUCAAUGGAUUUACAGGAUUAGCUGUCACCAAGCUAGACAUACUGGAUGUCUUUGAUGAGAUCAAAAUUGGUGUAGCCUACAAGCUAAAUGGACAAGUCAUUGAUACUUUCCCAGCCUCUGACGAUGAUCUGCAGCAAGUAGAAGUUGAGUACAAGACAUUGCCAGGGUGGAAAGUAUCCACAGAAGAUGCCAGGAAAUUUUCUGAUCUGCCCACUAAUGCUCAAAACUACAUCAAUACGAUUAAAGAUUUCUUAGGCGUUCCAGUGAAAUGGGUUGGAGUAGGUCGAGAUCGCUCUUCAAUUAUUGCCAUUCCAUGAUUCUGACAGGAUUGAAUGUAUUUGUACUGCUGAUGUUGUUUCUUAUAAUUUGUACAAUGUUAAUUUUGUUCAUAGGAAUGUUCUUGAAAAAAAAAAGUUUUAGAGCCUAGACUCUUGUUAGCAAGGGAAAAACAGGGGGAAAGAAGGUGCUGUGAAUUUGAAGGCAUAGUUUGAGGGUGUUUCUUGUAUCCAUAGAGUUCAAACCUAUAUACUUGUGUUAUAUUGUUUUUCAAUAAUGGUAACCCUCCUAAACAUAUACAACUUGUGUGCCAUAUCACUGGUGCUGUGAAGUCCCCUUCAACCAUUCUCCUCAUAUCCCCUGUAUCUCCUUUGCAUUAUAUAUCAUUUUGGGGUGUCUGGCAUACACCACAAUUUAAAAGCAACUCAAAUAAUGACAACCAAAAAUAAAAAUAUACAAUUGUUCUGUACAUAGUUUGCAGUGUGAAUCCUGUUUGAGUGUGGUCGUGUUGUCAAACAAACCAAGAGGUUAGACCUUUUCAAUGGCCUAAUAAAGUCAGUAAGUCCUUGAAAACCUACAUGAGACACAAAAUAAAGAUUUUAUAUUAAUAGAUUCAUUUAGGUUUUUUUAUUUCUUCAUGUUGUAUCCCAUGCAGACUUGUCUAAAAAAAAGUGUUUAAAUUUAUGAUUUUUUUUUUGCAGUGAAUUGGAUUUAUAUCUAUAAUAAUUUUAAUAAGUUAGUGAUCAGACUUAAGUCUGUUAGGUGUAAAUGAUUUCAGUCUUUUAGAAAUUUUUUUUUUUAACUCUUUCUCUCCGCAAUUAUUGACCACAUUCUGGUGGAAUCAACGCUGGUAUCGUCAGUUAGGAGAGAAAGAGUUAAAUAGUAUUACGUAUGUGUUGUUUUCUCCCCAAAACAAACUUAAUGUUGAAGACAGGCAUAAAUGAUAAAAAGAAUAUGAUGAGGAACACCCACACCCCUUGCAGACAUAUGGAUCUACAUUUCUUUUUUUCUAAAUAUUAGGACUUGAGUGUAUACUUGUUUUCUCAUUAAAUUCUAUUAACUAUUUUUCAUAUUUUCUAGUAAUAUUAACACCUAAUAGACUUGCAACAUUUCAAAAGCACUCUAAUUAAAGUUGGAAAUACUGAUUUAGAAAUGUCAAAUGAAUGUCCCAUAUUAGAAGAUAAAAAUUCAAUCACAAAUGGAGUCUUGACUUCAACACUAUUUGACAUUCAAACAGAGCGUUGAACAAAAAAUAGAAAACUUUAGAAAGUUGAAUCAGUGUUUUGGCAUUAUUUAAUAAAAUUACUCACUUAAAUGGGGCAUUAAAAUCAUUUUUGAUUUGUGCAUUUUUUAUGAUCAAAAUAUUUUGUGCUGGGUAAACAAAUAUAAUAGAUAGUUAUUUGUAGACAAGUUUACAACUGGGCUAAUUUUUUAAGUGGAUACUUUAAUUUUUAUCUUUCUUUUUUGUGUUGCACUAUUGGCUAAGUGCAUGCUGGAAUCAGAAAAAAAUUUUUACAAUCACUCUUCUUGACCAGAAAUACAAAAAAUUACCUAUGACCUAGUUACAGUGUAUUUUGUGUAUUCAUUGAGAACAAAUUUGUCUCUGCUGUGGAAGGGUGUUUAUUGUAAUUUAGUAUUGGAUUCUUCUUUUGGCAUUUUUGGAUUUUUACCUGUAUACUAAUUACUGUUUUAUGCACUUGAAUACAUGCUGCACUUGACAUGUUAACUGAUGGUUUAUGCUUUAUUUUGGUUUGUCAAUUGCUAACAAUAUUAUUUUAACCUAAAUUUCAAAUUUGUGUGUUUCAAAUCAACUUUUUUUUUUUUUUACAAUACUAGAUUUUUAUUUAUUUUAGAGUUGUGCAACUAAACUAAGGUCAAAGAGAGGUUUUCUAAUUACAAAGCUUAAAUCAACUCACUCUGUCUGGUAAAAAGUGUGUAAACGUUAUUUCUCCCACACCUAUUCUCCGAUCAAGUUGAAACUUUGCACAAAUAUUCAUUGGCAUAGACAAGACAUGGAUCAAUUUUAAAAAGUAACCAAUUAGUUAAAUUAUUUUCUGGUAAUUUAUUAUUUUGUUUGAUACCAACAAGGGAAAUUCAUUAUUCAGUAUUCAGAUAUGGCUAAAUUUGUUUGGUUUAGUCCCCUUAAAUAAUUGAACAUGUUAUUUCUCCCCCACACAUUCUCAGAUCUAGUUGAAAACUUUAAACAACUACCUGUAUUUAUUGUACCCAAAAAAAAAAAACAGUGAUUUAAUUAUUGGUAAAUAAUUUUUUGUUUGAUAUCAAAUAAGGGAAAUAGCUUGUACAUUAUUGAUAAAGUUUUAAAGGCGGAGUUCUUCCCCAUAAGAUAAGCUUUUUUUUUUUUUUUUUAUAGGAUUUUUAAAUAUUUUUCUUUGUUUAUUGUAAGCCAAAUACAUAAAUAUCCAACAUUUUUUUUUUUGGCAUUAUUUUUAAAUGUUAGCAAUAUUUUUUACAUUUUUUUUUUUUGAAAAAAUAUUUUUCUGAGUGAAUAAAAUUUGUUUGACUUGC